CGCCGCUGGGCGAGGCACGGAGGGGCCAUGUCGCAGUUCGAGCACGUGCUCCGGCAGGCCAGCUCCGGCAAGUUCGCGUGGGUCGGGAAGGCCGCGCUGGGCAUCGCCGGGUGCCUGCCGGCGUACUUCGCCUACGAGUGGGUCUCCACGAGGCGGAAGGUCAGCCAUUAUGGGCAGUUUGUCGGAGACAAGGUCUUCUUGGACGUCUCCAUCGACAAGCAGUACGCGGGGAGGAUAUUGAUCGGGCUCUACACCGAAAAGGUGCCCCUGACAUGCGAGAAUUUUCUGCAGCUGUGCAAGGGUUACAAGGUACGCGACCGCACGCUCGGCUUCCGCAACACGUUUAUCCAUAACAUCAGGCCUGGCGCCGCCAUCGUGGGCGGCGAUGUGCUUACGGGCAACGGCAAGUCCAGAGGCAUGAGCAUCUACGGUGAUUCUUUUCCGGAUGAGAACUUUGACAUGGAGUUCUUGCGAGACGGGGACGUGGCCAUGGUGAAUUGGGGCAAGAACACGAACAGCUCGUUUUUUAUGAUCACGCUCUCCUCGCAGCGCAUCUACUACGGGCACCACGUCGUCUUCGGGACCGUGCUCAAGGGCAUGCGAGUGGUCCGCGAGAUCGGCGAGCUCGGCACUCGAGUUGGGCGGCCCGCCUUGCCCAUCCGAAUCAUCCAGUGUGGCGUGGUGGAGGAUCGGGGGCGUGGAGCCGCCUCCGCCCCCGACGGACUUCCUGAUGAAGGUCGGACCGCUGAUGACGGAGGACGAGUUCCGGGAGGCCAGGGCCGAGGGCAAGGGCGGGGUGAGGCAGCCGUCCUGAUCCGCGGUGGCAGCUCUGCGGCGGGCUCGUGCCGCGUCGGCGCGGUGGCGACGAUGGCACGGGGCAUUGGACGGUUCAUUACAAGCCAAGGGCCAACGUCGUCAAGGCAGGAACGUGCCGCAGGCAGAACUCUCUCUCUCUCUCUCUUUCCAACUUCUCUCUCUCUCUCUCUCUCUCUCGUAUAUGUUCAUGCGCGCCUGAUGUUCUCCGCCCCCUCAGACAUGGGCAGAUCCGACUUCCUCGGCUGGCGUGCUGUUACAAACAGUGGCGGCUCAGUAGCGGCUCGGUCGAGCACUUGCAGUUUCUUGCCGAACGCUGGUACAGUGCAUUUGCGCGGCACACUAGGGGGAGAGCGGGUAGCCACUCCUCGUGUCUACGCGUGGCCCGCUUACCAAAAUGUCAUCGAUCGUAGCGCCACGAACUGCUCAGUCCAGGCAUGGCGUUGCUAA